AUGAUUGAAUCUGGGGCCAUGGGCAGCUUUAUAGCACAGGCCCGGUUCCCCUCCUCUCUGAAACAGGCUGUGGAUGCCAAGUUCCUGUCCGAGUUCAAAGAGGCGACCUUUCAAGCCAAGUUCCUGUUCGAGUACGAAGAGACGGCCAACCCAAGCUCUGCUCAUGCCAAGUUCCUGUCCCAGGUCGAAGAGACGGCCAACCCAAGCUCUGCUCAUGCCAAGUUCCUGUCCCAGGUCAAAGAGACGACCAACCCAAGCUCUGCUCACGCCAAGUUCCUGUCCCAGGUCAAAGAGACGGCCAAACCAAGCUCUGCUCAGACCAUGUUCCUGUCCCAGGUUGAAGAGACGGCCAACCCAAGCUCUGCUCAUGCCAAGUUCCUGUCCCAGGUCAAAGAGACGGCCAACCCAAGCUCUGCUCAUGCCAAGUUCCUGUCCCAGGUCGAAGUCGACUUCACGACCAACCAGGUUCUGCUCACGCCUGAAGCCGAUGUCAUGACCAACCAGGUCCUGUUCAUGCCUGAAACCGACGUCACGAAAAACCGUUUCCUGCUCACGAACAACCACGUUCUCAUCACACCCGAGUCUGCUGAUAUGGACAACCAGUUUCUGCUCAUGCCUGAAACCGACAUACAGUCCAACCUGGUAGACGCUGGGUUACUGCACAAUCCCUCACAGAGUCACCAGUUUAUCAGCCUGAUAAAGAGCUCAGUGUGA